AUGUCGGCCCAAAUAAUCGAAUCUCACCGAGAAAACGCCGAUAUCUACACCGACGAGACGAUAUGCAAGCAAAAAUCCCUUGAACUCCUGGAGAAAAUCAACCUCCCCAAGGGUUUGCUCCCUUUAGACGACAUCGUUGAGGUUGGCUUCAACGAGGCUUCGGGAUUCGUCUGGCUGAAGCAGAAAAAGAGUAAGACGCACCAAUUCCGUGCAAUCAAUCGCAGCGUAUGGUACGAUACAGAGGUGACGGCGUUCGUUGAGGACCGUCGGAUGAAAAAGCUUACAGGUGUCAAGAGCAAGGAGUUCCUGAUCUGGGUGACUAUUUCUGAUAUUUACAUUCAGGACCCCGUCUCUGGGAAAAUUACUUUCGGCACCCCUACUGGUAUUUCCAGGUCUUUUCCUGUGUCGGCGUUCGAGGAAGAAGAGGAGAAGAAAGAUAACAAUUAA